GAAUUUCCUAUGCAGAGGGAAGCUUCCGUCUCUUUAUUUAACGCAUCUGUGAUCAGAGCUGCACAGAGACGCAUUCACGAUCACUCUGUCUGAACAUGCCGGGGCUGCUGCUUGGAGAUGCGUUUCCUAACUUCGAAGCGGAGACGACAAUUGGAAAAAUUAAACUCCAUAAAUUUCUCGGUGAUUCAUGGGGGGUCCUGUUCUCCCACCCCAGAGACUACACCCCGGUGUGCACCACAGAGCUGGGGCGCGCUGCCAGACUGAGCACUGAGUUCAGUAAACGCAACGUCAAAAUGAUCGCCCUGUCCAUUGACUGCCUGGAGGAUCACCACAGCUGGAGCAAGGACAUCCUGGCAUACAACUGUGAGGACUCGGCCUGCCGCUCACUGCCCUUCCCCAUCAUAGCGGACAGUAAACGGGAGCUGGCAGUAGCUCUGGGCAUGCUGGACCCAGAUGAGAAGGAUAAAGAUGGCCUGCCGCUCACUGCACGCUGUGUGUUCAUCAUCGGCCCUGACAAAAGGCUGAAACUGUCCAUACUCUACCCGGCAACAACCGGACGCAACUUUGACGAGAUUUUGAGAGCAGUGGAUUCUCUCCAGGCCACAGCAGGGAAACGAGUGUCCACACCUGCAGACUGGAAGCCUGGAGACUGUGUGAUGGUUCCCGCCAGCAUGCCUGAGGAAGAGGCAGCCGCUUUGUUCCCAGCCGGUGUCUACACCAAAGACCUGCCCUCUGGCAAGAAGUACCUGCGCUACACCCCGCAGCAGUGAGCACGACGGAGACACACCCGACAGUCAACACUCAUUUAUGUCACAGUCAGUCCAGCAGCUCUCAAUCUGUACUACAUUGAGUGCUGCUAGUCUGUGUAUGCGGUAGACAAAACGCCUUAAGAAAUGUGUAGGAUUCUUUUUUAAAUAAAGUGAUUUUAAAGUAUGUACAACUCUGAGAAUCAAAGCUGCAAUGUUCAGCCUACUUUCAUAAUGGGGAUUGUUUUUUGAAAGAUGGGGGAGGCUUGAGAUAGGAACAUAUACUUUGUUUAUAUUUAAAGAUGUAGCAAACAGUUUAUUGUACACAGCAUGGCAGAGAAGCUUUUAUUUUGUAGGAUGAUACUAUCAGGGAUAACAUAUAAUUCAAAUCUAGACAUUGUUUAUCCACUUCCUCUAUUUUCUUAAGAGGAAGUGGUUAAAGGUGCUAGUUACACAAAGGAUGGCUGCGAGAGUAAAUGCACGCUAUUGCUACUCUUUUUGAGGAGCAACUAUACCUCAUGAAACACAGUAAACGAAUCAUCAGUGUUUCAAAUGUUUGAAGGGGCCCUAUUAUGUUUUGGGGGGUUUUCCCUUUCCUGUAAUGUGUCAUAUGGGUUUCCGUGCAUGUAAAUGGUCUGCCAAGGCUAAAACCCAAAUUCUCUCUCCUAAAAUGUUCCUUUACAUAAAUGUUGCAUUGGUUUUUCUUGGUCGAAUUGUACAUUUCACAGAACGUUUUUAUUAUAUUUUUACUGUAUCUACUUGUAAUGAUUGGAUUUUGUCCCUGUGUCGGACAAUCAAAGCUUCAUUUUUAGCCUUACACAAUAAAUUAGCCUUAACAUGACAUUUCUAAAAGUACCGUACAGAGGUGUAUUAGCUUUUCCCAGCAGUGCCUCCCUGUCCUUUCUCCACCUUGAUGUGGUUCUGUUUAAAGGCUCCUCACCGUAUCGACAGCAUCUCCGUGACCAGCAGACAGUAGGACAGCGGAGGUAUUACAAACAGGAAAUGGAGAAAGGACAAGCUGUUUAAAAAUAAAUGUCACCAAUGAGUUUGUGCACACUGAAUUAUAUAUCAUAAAAUACAUAGUUUGAAGUGACAGUGAACAAUGUCAUUUAAAUGAUUUAUUAGGAAUACAUGUCAAGGUACUGGAUGGUGUUGGUCUUUGGACGGAGCUGAGGGGCCACUCAUGGUGAUGUCACCACAUUUACCCCCCCCCCUCCUCU